GGCGGGGAGAAGCGCCGGUUGGCGGGUCCAGGGGGCGGUGCGGUGUCCUGGACCCACCCCCGGCCGCCUCCCCUCGCAGUUCAGUUGGGUCCCUGCACCGAGCUGCGCAAGGACCCCAGGCCGCUCGGUGGUUGUUGCUCAAGUGAAUCACGCCGCGUCCCCUCCUCCGCGCGCCCCGACCGGCAUGGACUCCGGUCGGGACUUCCUGACCCUGCACGGGCUGCAGGAUGACCCGGACCUUCAGGCCCUCCUGAAGGGCAGCCAGCUUCUGAAGGUGAAGUCCAGCUCGUGGCGUAGAGAACGCUUCUACAAGCUGCAGGAGGACUGCAAGACCAUCUGGCAGGAAUCUCGAAAGGUCAUGAGGUCCCCGGAGUCUCAGCUGUUCUCCAUCGAGGACAUUCAGGAGGUGCGGAUGGGACACCGCACAGAAGGCCUGGAGAAAUUUGCCAAAGACAUACCCGAGGACCGGUGCUUCUCCAUUGUCUUCAAGGAUCAGCGCAACACCCUAGACCUCAUCGCCCCGUCUCCGGCUGACGUUCAGCACUGGGUGCAGGGCCUGCGCAAGAUCAUCCACCACUCAGGCUCCAUGGACCAGCGGCAGAAGCUGCAGCACUGGAUUCACUCCUGCUUGCGGAAGGCUGAUAAAAACAAAGAUAACAAGAUGAACUUCAAGGAGGUGAAGGACUUCCUGAAGGAGCUCAACAUACAGGUGGAUGACAGCUACGCCAGGAAGAUCUUCAGGGAAUGUGACCACUCCCAGACCGACUCCCUGGAGGAUGAGGAGAUUGAGACCUUCUACAAGAUGCUGACCCAGCGGGCAGAGAUCGACCGUGCUUUUGCAGAGGCCGCAGGUUCUGCGGAGACCCUGUCUGUGGAGAAGCUAGUGACGUUCCUGCAGCAUCAGCAGCGGGAGGAGGAGGCAGGGCCAGCCUUGGCCCUCUCUCUCAUUGAGCGCUACGAGCCCAGUGAGACUGCCAAGGCCCAGCGACAGAUGACCAAGGACGGCUUCCUCAUGUACCUGCUGUCUGCUGACGGUAACGCCUUCAGCCUGGCGCACCGCCGUGUCUACCAGGACAUGAACCAGCCACUCAGCCACUACUUAGUGUCUUCUUCCCAUAACACCUACCUACUGGAGGACCAGCUCACAGGGCCCAGCAGCACGGAGGCCUACAUUCGGGCUCUGUGCAAAGGCUGCCGGUGUCUGGAGCUGGACUGCUGGGACGGCCCCAACCAGGAACCCAUCAUCUACCACGGCUACACUUUUACCUCGAAGAUACUUUUCUGCGACGUGCUCAGGGCCAUCCGGGACUACGCCUUCAAGGCAUCCCCCUACCCAGUCAUCCUGUCCCUGGAGAACCACUGCAGCCUGGAGCAACAACGAGUCAUGGCUCGUCACCUGAGGGCCAUCCUGGGGCCCAUGCUGUUGGACCAGCAGCUGGAUGGGGUUACCACGAGCCUGCCUUCGCCCGAGCAACUGAAGGAAAAGAUCCUGUUGAAAGGGAAGAAGCUGGGCGGGCUGCUACCUGCUGGAGGGGAAAACGGGCCUGAAGCCACUGACGUGUCUGACGAAGAUGAGGCUGCUGAAAUGGAGGAUGAGGCUGUGCGCAGCCAAGUGCAACACAAGCCCAAGGAGGAUAAGCUAAAGCUGGUGCCGGAGCUCUCCGACAUGGUCAUUUACUGCAAGAGUGUCCACUUUGGUGGCUUUUCCAGUCCUAGCACCUCUGGGCAGGCAUUCUAUGAGAUGGCUUCCUUCGGCGAGAGCCGUGCCCUGCGGCUGCUGCAGGAAUCAGGAAAUAGUUUUGUCCGCCAUAACGUCAGCCACCUGAGCAGGAUCUACCCAGCUGGAUGGAGAACAGAUUCCUCCAACUACAGUCCUGUGGAGAUGUGGAACGGAGGCUGCCAGAUCGUGGCUCUGAACUUCCAAACCCCUGGGCCAGAAAUGGAUGUUUACCUUGGCUGCUUCCAGGACAAUGGAGGCUGUGGGUAUGUGCUGAAACCCGCCUUUCUGAGAGACCCCGACACCACCUUCAACUCACGAGCCCUGACUCAGGGGCCCUGGUGGGCCCCGAAGAGGCUCCGAAUCUGGAUCAUCUCUGGACAGCAGCUGCCGAAGGUCAAUAAGAAUAAGAAUUCUAUCGUGGACCCCAAGGUGAUAGUGGAGAUCCACGGUGUGGGCCGGGAUGUGGCCAGCCGUCAGACCCCAGUCAUUACCAAUAAUGGUUUCAACCCAUGUUGGGACACGGAGUUUGUAUUUGAGGUAGCAGUGCCUGACCUUGCCCUUGUACGCUUCAUGGUAGAGGAUUAUGACUCCUCCUCUAAGAACGACUUCAUCGGCCAGAGUACUAUCCCCUGGAACAGCCUCAAGCAGGGGUACCGCCAUGUCCACCUCUUGUCUAAGAAUGGAGACCUGCAUCCAUCAGCCACUCUCUUUGUGAAGAUCUCCAUCCAGGACUAAGUCUGGGGAUCUGAUGCAGUCCGCCCUGAGUGGGCGGAGCCGUGUCCACACCUGGCUGGCAAUGUCACACCUGUGGUGUGCGGCUUGAGGCCACUGAACUGCCUUCAUCUCUAACACAUGGCCUGAGCUUCUGCCUCUCUGGGGGCCCAGGAACAGUCCAGUCCCCGGAGUGGUCCAAAAUUCCGUUAGGAGCAACACUGCAUCCCUGUCCCUGCCCUCCCUCUAGCUGACUUUAGGUUGUGAGUUUUUAUAAAAAAUAAUAAUAAUCACAAGAU